GGCCUGUGGGAACGUGAGGGGGAAGGCAGAGGAGUGUGUGGUGCCUCAGGAGACGCAGCAGGAUUGCAGGGUAGUGCUGGGGCCCACCAGGGGAUCCUGAGCACGGAUGCAACUGUCAGCAGCAUGGAGGGUUUUCUGUGGACAUCUUCAGCUGCUUGUGUGCUGGCACAGAGUGGGCAAGCAGGAUUGGGCACUGGCCACAGGUAACAGACUGACUCCAGGGGCCCAAUUGUCUCCACUUCCUGCUGCUCACACCCUGGUGUGAUCCCCUCCCAUUGAGUGUGGGCAGGACCCACAACUGACCUCCAACCAACAGAAUAUGGUGAAGUAACAGAUGUCACUCCCUUGAUUAUGUCACAUUAUAUGACAUUCUGCUCUGAUAGUAGACUUAUUGAGACUCUUCUUGUUGCUUGAUGAAGUGAACAGAUGUAUUGGGGAAGCCCACAUGGUGAGGGGCUGCAGGAAGCAGGUAGAAGGUGAAGCUGGCCUCUGAUAACUACCUCAGUAACAGCAUUAAUCCCUUCAGAGGGGAAGAGCCCUCAUGAUCUCAUCACCUCUUAAAGGUCCCUCAACACUGUUGCACUGGGGAUUAAAUUUCUAACACAUGAACUUUGGGGGACACAUUCAAAGCGUAUCUCCAGGCUUCUGCAAAGCCAUGGUUGUUGCUGGGGUUGUGGGAUGCUAGCAAAAUAUAAAAAGAUAAAAUGGUUAAUGGUUUGAGAUAUAGUCCAAGAAGUAGGACCUCAUAACCUUACAAGUGUAGUAAUUUUUAUCAUUUUCAUAGUAGGCAUUAUUAUUUUCUCAUUAUACAAGUAUUAAUUUGCUAGAUGAAAAAAACAUAAAAACCAUAGCAUAGACAAGGAAGGAAAAAGACGCUGCCAUAUGUACCUUCACAGUCCAGAGGAUGCUAUGAUUUGGAGGGUGUGUCUUUUUGGUCUUCUGUCCUAUACAUAUAAUUUAUACAUAUUUAUUUCAAUAAAAAAUCACAGUGUAUCAGUUUUCCUUUCUCUAUUCUUAACAUUUCUCAGUAUCAGUGAAUAUCCCUCUGGAUCAUUUUUAUGUUUGCCCAGUACUGCGUACUGAUCACCAUUUACUUAAAUAAAUGCUCUGUGCUAAAUACUUAGGUCCCUGCUCAUGCUAAAUGUGCUGAAAUGUUCAUCCAUGGAGAUGAGUACACACUGUUUCCCAUGUGAUAUUAGAAUGCCGGACUACUGGAAGGACCUCAUGAUAAGUGGCCUUCCUAUUGUACCAUUGGUAUAGUAUAGAUUUCCCAAGGUGCAAACUGUAUUCCCGGUUUGCUUUUCAUCAACAGUGGUUUCUUUCUGGCUGACCCUAGAGAGAAGAUUGGCAACAGAACAUGCAUCUAGAGAGCAGAGAUGGCAGGCUGGCGUCCGGCACACUGGAGGUGGAGCUGCAUCAGACGUCUGCUGGGACUUGUGCAGGCCCUGGAGGGCCAGAGCCGGAGGGACCAGCUGCCAGCAAGUUCAGGCCUCUACAGGGAGCUGGUGGGGCAGACCCUUUGAGCCCCUGUCCCAGCGGGACUGUGGGGCAGAGCUGCUGGGCUCCUGCAAGACAGGAUUUUGGCUCAUUUUUCAUGAAGGGAAGGCCUCAGUCUCCUGCACCCCAGAGCUUCAGCUCCAGGUCUAAAGACCUCUGCUUUACAGAGAACACACCUUUGCUAAGGAAUGCCUCACAGGAGAAAGGGUCACCGUGUAUACUUGGUUACCACCCAGAGUUCAUUGCUGCUGAAGAAUCCUGGGAAACCAGCUCAGCUGAGUGGGAGCGGAGAUACCUGCUGAGCAGAGAGGUGGCUGGUUCAGGGACAUCGGCCUCCUCAGAGAAGGGGGAACUUGUGGACAGCACUCACGUCCGCCUGCAUCUUCCAAAGCUGAGGCGCUGUGUGCGGUGGCUGAAAGUCACGGGCCUGUUUGUCUUUGUGGUGCUGUGCUCUAUUUUAUUCAGCCUGUAUCCAGAUCAAGGAAAGUUCUGGCAGCUGUUGGCCGUGUCACCACUGGAAAGCUACUCUGUGAACCUCAGCAGCCACGCAGACUCCACGCUGCUGCAGGUGGACCUGGCGGGGGCCCUGGUGGCCAGCAGGCCGAGUCGUCCCGGGAGAGAAGAGCACGUGGUGGUGGAGGUGACCCAGGCAGAUGCUCCGGGCUCUAGGCGGCGGCGGCCACAGCAGGUUGCUUACAAUUGGACAAUAUUUUUAAAUCCAAGAAGAAAUGAACGCUCGGUGGUGAGCAGGACCUUUGAGGUACUGAGCAGAGAGGCUGUGUCCAUCAGCAUCCGGGCCUCCCUCCAGCAGACCCAGGCUGUUCCUCUUCUGAUGGCUCAUCAGUACCUGCCCGCAAGUGUAGAAGCACAAGUGACCAUCGCUGCAGCCAUCCUGGCGGGCGUCUAUGUACUGAUUAUAUUUGAGAUCGUGCACAGAACUCUGGCAGCCAUGCUGGGUUCCCUUGCAGCGUUAGCGGCCCUGGCUGUCAUCGGAGACAGACCCAGCCUGACCGAGGUGGUGGAGUGGAUUGAUUUUGAGACCCUGGCUCUGCUGUUUGGCAUGAUGAUCUUAGUAGCCAUAUUUUCAGAAACUGGAUUUUUUGAUUAUUGUGCUGUAAAGGCAUACCGACUGUCCCGGGGAAGAGUGUGGGCCAUGAUCAUCAUGCUGUGUCUCAUCGCUGCUGUGCUCUCUGCCUUCUUGGACAAUGUCACCACAAUGCUCCUCUUCACUCCUGUGACCAUAAGACUGUGUGAGGUGCUCAACCUUGAUCCAAGACAAGUCCUGAUUGCAGAAGUGAUCUUCACUAACAUCGGAGGAGCUGCCACUGCCAUCGGAGACCCACCGAAUGUCAUUAUUGUGUCCAACCAGGAGUUGAGGAAGAUGGGCCUGGAUUUUGCAGGAUUCACGGCACACAUGUUCCUGGGGAUUGGCCUUGUCCUCUUGGUCUCCUUUCCUCUCCUCAGACUCCUUUACUGGAACAGAAAACUCUAUAACAAGGAGCCCAGUGACAUUGUUGAGCUGAAGCACGAGAUCCAUGUCUGGCGCCUGACUGCUCAGCGCAUCAGCCCGGCCAGUCGUGAGGAGACAGCUGUGCGGGGCCUGCUGCUGGGGAAGGUGCUGGCGCUGGAGCACCUGCUCGACCGAAGGCUGCGCACCUUCCACAGACAGAUCUCACAGGAAGACAAAAAUUGGGAGACCAAUAUCCAGGAACUACAAAAAAAGCACAGGAUAUCAGACAGGAUUCUGCUUGCCAAAUGCCUGAUGGUGUUGGGAUUUGUUAUCUUCACCUUCUUUCUCAAUUCAUUUGUCCCUGGCAUUCAUUUGGAUCUUGGGUGGAUUGCUAUUCUGGGUGCCAUCUGGUUGCUAAUAUUAGCUGAUAUUCAUGAUUUUGAGAUAAUUCUACACAGAGUGGAAUGGGCAACCCUUCUAUUCUUUGCAGCACUGUUUGUUCUGAUGGAGGCGUUGGCACAUCUCCACUUAAUAGAAUAUGUCGGAGAACAGACUGCUUUGCUAAUAAAGAUGGUCCCGGAGGACCGGCGCCUUGCAGCUGCCAUCGUCCUGGUGGUCUGGGUCUCAGCCUUGGCCUCAUCCUUGAUCGACAACAUCCCAUUCACUGCUACUAUGAUCCCCGUGCUCCUGAACCUGAGCCAGGACCCGGAGGUCAGCCUGCCCACGCCGCCGCUCAUGUAUGCGCUGGCGCUCGGCGCCUGCCUGGGAGGUAAUGGGACACUGAUUGGAGCCUCAGCAAAUGUCGUUUGUGCAGGGAUAGCAGAGCAGCAUGGAUAUGGAUUCUCUUUCAUGGAAUUUUUCAGAUUGGGCUUCCCAAUGAUGGUCGUGUCCUGCACCAUCGGGAUGUGCUAUCUCCUUGUUGCUCAUGUUGUGGUGGGAUGGAACUAACAGACAUCCAUCCUCCACAUGAAGAUUAAGGGAAACUUGAUCCAUCACAAACGUCAGUCAGAAAACUACCUUGACGCCACUCUUUGGAGAAAAAAUGGUGCUUACCCUGGGGAGGCCACGGAGUGGAGACGCACUGGAAGAGAACUUCGGCGCUCAUACUCCUGCUCCUGCGGGUGCUGGGAGAUACGGCCUCUGCUGCGUGUCCUUUCUCCCUGAGGAUGAGACACAGGAAAUACAAGAUAACUUACUCAGAAUUCCCCUGCAGAAAAAUCGCUAUAUUUCAAAACACUUCUUGCUCUUCUAUGUAGGAAAAGACACAAAUCCGCCCAUAAUUGCUUGUGCUGCUUAAUUGUCACUUCUUCUAUGGCUAUAUACAGUUUUUCUUCAUGUAAUCACUUUUCAUAUUAAAACAAUCAGCAUUCAAAUUGUAUGCCCUCUAAAUAUAGACUCCUUCUGGGAAAAGGUACACUGCUUGUAAGGAAACAUUUUAU